AACUUUUUAAAAUGGACAAAUAGAAAAGUGGGCAAAGGGACAAAAGCAAAUUCACACAAGAGAAAAUACAAACAGUUAAUAAAUAACUACGUGGAAAAACAAGCCAGUUAACUAGUAAUUAAAGAAACAACAUUCAAAACAAUGAGAAAUAACAACUUUAAAUUGAAUUUGAAAAAAUAGCCUGUGUUUUCAAGGAUAUGGAAAAAGGGGCAUUUCUCAAAAGAAAACCAAUACAUUUUCCUCGAAGAUAGUUUAGAAAACAUUUGAAAAAUAUACUUUGCCUUUGACCUAUCAGUUCCCCACUUCCAGAAUUUUUAAAUCAAGUAUGUGCAAUAAAAGCAUAUGCCGACUGACCCUCGGCAGCUCCUGUAUCAUGAAUCCACAAUGAUAUAGAAAAGUAGAAAAUUUGUGUGCAUUUAUGCUGCGAUUAAGAAUCAUGUUAUAAAAGAAUAUCAGAAAAAGAAUAUCUAAUAAAAUGUCAGAAAAUUCACAGUAUUGUUCAGUGAAAAAGGCAGAAUACAUUUUUGUAAGGCAUUAUCCCAAUAACGUCAAACAAGCAUAGAUAAGCAUUAAAAAAAAUGCCCGAUAAUACAUACUAAGAUAUUAAGUGUAAUUGACUCUAGGAGGUAAAGUAUGAGAGAUUUUUGUAUUUCAUUUCCUAUUAAUGCAACAGAUUUUGUGCUUUAAAAAUAAUUGUAUAAUUAGAAAGUUGCCUGUGUUGCAAAACAUAAAAGUACGUGAAAGUGUACAAGCCUGGAAAAUCAAGGAAGUGUUUCGUGCGGAAAGCCAAGGCCACCUGCUAGCCGAUGAGUCACGAACGCAAGACUCGCACCUGACUCCGCACUCGCCAACUGGCUGCGGUGCGUUUCCAAGCGAAACGCCCCGGGGACGAGGACCGCCCUGCGCCCCGGACCCGGACCCGCGCCCCGCGGCCGCGGAAGCCGGGACGCCUGCGCUCCGCUAAUUUCUGGAAGCGAGGGCAUUCCCGUUUCAAAGUUCACCCGAUCGGGCCUUUCCUUCCUCCAGCUCUGAACAACCCACAAGGCAGACUUUCGGGUCAGCCGCGCCCCCCGCCAGGCUCAGCCCCUGCGGUAUCAGGUUCCGCGGCGCGGCCAAAGGUCGAGGUGGCAGGAGAAGAGGAGGGGGCGGCCCGGGGGUGGGAGGCGCCCUCUCGAAGGCUCGGGCCAGCUAGGAGCGCUUAGGCCAGCGAAGCCGGAUCUAGCCAAGUGACCGCAGGCUGACCACGCGGUCGCCCAGGGACGUGCGUCCUCCGUUGGGACAAAGGGUCGGGAAACUGGAGCCGGGCUCAUCCCGGAAAAUCCGGGCUGUGGUCGCCAUGGCAACGGAGUCGGGCCCGCGGCGGCCGCCCCCGGCCCGGGCGCGGGCCGCGAGGGGGCGCUGGGGGCGGGGGAGGGAUCCCGCGCGGCCGGCCCCGCUGCCCGCCCCGCCCUCCGGCCGCGACCGCCGGCCCGAGCCCGCGACUGACCCUCGGCAGCUCCUGUAGUCACGUGGCGCUGGGAACCGGCGGGGGGGCUGGGCACGGGCCUGGCAGUGGUGAACUCGAACCUGCUGCUGUCGCCGCGGCGGGGUGGGGAGCGCGGCCGCCGGCGCCGGCUUUCCGGCCUCAUGGACGCGCGACGCGCCUCCGCGCUCCCCGCCAGAGAGGUAAGGCUGGCCUCUCUGCCCUCAGAGGUCUGAGCUCUGCCAUGGGGGUAGGGGUGUCUUUACUGCUGCAGUUUUCUCUGACGUCUGGGGACUACCAGAGUGUGGGCGGAAGCAGGCGCUCCAGCCGCAGGAACAUCCCCGGGAGGAGCUGGAAAAAGCCUCAUCUCCAGCUCCACAGCCUGCAGGCAGAGGAAGAACCGAUGCUGGAACGUCGCUGCAGGGGCCCCGUGGCCAUGGGCCCCGCCCAGCCGCGACUCCUUUCUGGGCCCUCCCAGGAGUCGCCCCAGACCCUGGAGAAGGAGCCCCAAGGGCUGAGGUCACAAGGCACUGCCGUGGCCCAGCCGGGCAGCCAGGCCCUAGGUCGGGCCCAUCGUUGUGCCCACUGUCGAAGGCACUUCCCGGGCUGGGUGGCCCUCUGGCUUCAUGCCCGGCGCUGCCAGGCCCGGCUGCCCCUGCCCUGUCCCGAGUGUGGCCGUCGCUUCCGCCACGCCCCUUUCUUGGCACUGCACUGCCAGGUCCAUGCCGCCGCCACCCCAGACCUGGGCUUUGCCUGCCACCUCUGCGGGCAGAGCUUCCGAGGCUGGGUGGCCCUGGUUCUGCACCUGCUGGCCCACUCGGCGGCAAAGCGGCCCAUCGCCUGUCCCGACUGCGAGAGACGCUUCUGGCGGAGAAAGCAGCUUAGGGCCCAUUUGCGGCGCUGCCACCCCCCGGCGCCCGAGGCCCGGCCCUUCAUAUGCGGCAAUUGCGGCCGCAGCUUCGCCCAGUGGGACCAGCUGGUUGCUCACAAGCGGGUUCACGUGGCCGAAGCCCUGGAGGAAGCGGCGGCCAAGGCCCUCGGGCCUCGGCCUCGGGGCCGUCCUGCGGUGACCGCGCCCCGGCCCGGUGGAGACGCCGUCGACCGCCCCUUCCAGUGUACCUGCUGCGGGAAGCGCUUCCGCCACAAGCCCAACCUGAUCGCCCACCGCCGCGUGCACACAGGCGAGAGGCCCCACCAGUGCCCUGAGUGCGGGAAGCGCUUCACCAAUAAGCCCUACCUGACCUCGCACCGGCGCAUCCACACGGGCGAGAAGCCCUACCCGUGCACCGAGUGCGGCCGCCGCUUCCGCCACAAACCCAACCUGCUGUCGCACAGCAAGAUCCACAAGCGCUCCGAAGGGUCUGCCCAGGGUGCCCCCCGCUCGGGGAGCCCCCAGCUUCCCGCCGGCCCCCCGGAGCCCUCGUCAGAGCCCGCCGCGGAGCCCCCGCUGAAGCCGGCCCCGGAGCCUUUGGAGGCCCCAGGGGAGCCCCCCGGCCACCAGGCAGAGGCCCCGCCCUCUCUCUACAGCUGCGAGGACUGUGGGCGGAGCUUCCGGCUGGAGCGCUUCCUGCGGGCCCAUCAGCGGCAGCACACGGGCGAGCGGCCCUUCACCUGCGCCGAGUGCGGGAAGAACUUCGGCAAGAAGACCCACCUGGUGGCCCACUCCCGGGUCCACUCAGGCGAGCGGCCCUUUGCCUGUGAGGAGUGCGGGCGCCGCUUCUCCCAGGGGAGCCACCUGGCCGCCCACCGGCGCGACCACGCGCCGGAGCGGCCCUUCGUCUGCCCGGACUGCGGGAAAGCUUUCCGCCACAAGCCCUACCUGGCCGCACACCGGCGGAUCCACACCGGCGAGAAGCCCUACGUCUGCCCCGACUGCGGCAAAGCCUUCAGCCAGAAGUCCAACCUGGUGUCGCAUCGGCGCAUCCACACGGGCGAGCGCCCCUACGCCUGCCCCGACUGCGACCGCAGCUUCAGUCAGAAGUCCAACCUCAUCACCCACCGCAAGAGCCACAUCCGGGACGGCGCCUUCUGCUGCGCCAUCUGUGGCCAGACCUUUGACGACGAGGAGAAGCUCCUGGCCCAUCAGAAGAAGCAUGAUGUCUGAAGGGGCAGGGGCGGCGGGGGCCGAGGGAGGUCGGGCCUGGGCAUCAUUCAUACCGUGCCCUGUGCCACUGCUUGUAGGCAGGGGGGGGAGAGGAGUGAGCCUGCCCCGUUAGAGAGGGGGGUCCUCUACCCCUGCAGUCAGGGAGUCCACUUGCAGAGCAGGGACCCCGGCCUCCAGCUGGUGUUUGCUAAGGUUCAGUCCUGACUGCCCUGCGCCCUGGAAAAGUAGCAAUAGCAGCUCCACCCACCCCUUAGAGCCCUCCGGCCGGAGGGGCCACCAGUGGACAGGAAGACCCCUCUCCUCUGGUGUUAACGCCUUAAUGUCUCUGUCUGUUAUGAGUUCCUUCAGCUCGUUUUUUGGAAGUAGGUGUGGUUCAGUCCUUAGUGAAUGAGCGCCCAGGAGGAAAAGCGGACCAGAUGGAUAUACCUGGGAGAACCUGCCGGCCUCGGGUGGCACCUGGGCCUUUUCCAGUACUGGGAGGCGAAGCCGAGCUGCUCCAGCCUGCCUCACUACAUCCCCUCCGUCCUGCCCCUGCACAGGCUUUGGAGAGACCCAUCUACUGUUAGUGCUUGGCUCACCUUCCUCCCAGAGGAUCCAGUCCCCUGCCCUGGGCAUCUCCCCACCUGUCUGACUUGCUUUACCCACCAGCCUCCCAGUGCUUAGGGCAUCCCCUGGCUGUCAGCCACCCUGCGUCAGGGCUUUUGUCUGAACACCGCAGCCUGCCUUCACUCCCUUCAGAACUCGGCAUGUAGUGGGGAGGACUGCCCCGUUGAUAACGGAGGGCCAGCUGAUGGGAAAUGGGGGUGAGUUUCCCCUUCAGCAUUUCUAGCGUCUGGAUGCCCAGCUUCUGCUUGAAUACUUAGGUGACAGGGAGUUCCCCACCCCCACCCCCCCAGGCCCUGGUUCUACUGUAGGAUAAUUCUGAUUGUUAGAAAUUCUUCCUUAUAAUGAAUGAAGUCUGCUUCCCUGUAAUUUCUACUGUUGGGCCUUGUUCUCUGGAACUAAACACAACCACUUAUCCUCCUUUUCAAACUAGAGAAUAAAGAUCUGGUUUUAGAA